UAGUCGGCUAAUGUUAAAAUCUUGGUUCAUGUGCUCUCUUUUUACGAUCGUGAGGAUUUUUACUUCUCCAAAAUGGGGAUUCUAGAGAAAAUAUCGGAGAUCGAGUCCGAGAUGGCCCGAACACAAAAGAAUAAGGCCACAAGUGCUCAUCUUGGUCUUCUUAAAGCCCGCUUGGCCAAAUUAAGAAGAGAGCUUAUCACACCAAAGGGAGGCGGCGGUCCGGCAGGAGAAGGUUUUGAUGUAGCCAAAACAGGAGAUGCUAGAAUAGGGUUUGUCGGUUUUCCGUCUGUUGGUAAAUCAACACUUCUGAGCAAUCUUGCUGGUGUUUACUCUGAAGUAGCCGCCUAUGAAUUCACAACCCUUACCACUGUGCCUGGAGUCAUCAGAUACAAGGGCGCCAAAAUACAGCUUCUCGAUCUUCCUGGUAUCAUUGAGGGCGCUAAAGAUGGAAAGGGUAGAGGUCGUCAGGUCAUCGCCGUUGCAAGGACCUGUAGCAUCAUCUUCAUGGUACUUGAUGUCCUCAAACCCCUAAAGCAUAAGAAACUACUGGAGCAUGAACUGGAAGGAUUUGGCAUCAGGUUGAACAAGACACCGCCCAACAUUGGCUACCGCAAGAAGGAGAAAGGAGGCAUUAACCUGACCACAACCUGCCCACAGUCUACCCUCGACACAGACCUGGUCAGGACGAUCCUCGCUGAGUACAAGAUCCACAACGCCGAUGUGGUGUUAAGAGCCGACUCGUCCACGGAUGAUCUUAUCGACGUCGUGGAAGGAAACCGCGUCUACGUCCCUUGUAUCUACGUGCUGAAUAAGAUUGAUCAGAUCUCUAUAGAGGAACUUGACAUCAUCUACAAGAUCCCUCACUGCGUCCCCAUCUCGGCUCAUCACAAGUGGAACUUCGACGACCUAUUGGAGAAGAUGUGGGAUUAUCUUAAGCUGGUCAGAAUAUACACAAAACCCAAGGGUCAGCUACCAGACUAUGAGGCACCAGUCAUCCUAAAGACGGACCACUGCAUCAUCGAAGACUUCUGCAACAACCUGCACAAGAGCAUCAUGGGCAAUUUCAAAUAUGCCUUAGUAUGGGGCUCUUCGGUGAAGCACAACCCGCAGAAGGUUGGCAAAGAGCACUUGCUUUGUGACGAAGAUGUUAUACAAAUCGUUAAGAAGAUCUGAUGACACAUCAAGAGAGAACUACCAUUUGCUCGUCAUGAUGUUCCCUUUGUAGAUAUGAAUGUAAUAAGGCGUAAUGGGCGUAUGAGCUACCUCGGACCUAUCGGCUUAAGAUGAACUUUGUAAAUUCCUCGUCCUUGAAGUUCAAAGAGCCACUAAAUAUAUAAAUUAAAUUUGGCUAAGCAUUUUCUUCUGUGCUUAGCAAGUUUUUGUGCUCACAGACAUGAAAUUGGGCCUAGGUUGGGAGGAUAGGAAGCCGUCUAGAGGGCCUUCGGGUUAGACGCUUUUGGCUAAAAUAUUUUUGUUAUGAAAUGAGUAUGGUUGGAAAGAUGUUUUAAAAGUAGAAUUUAAUUAUCCACACAAAUAUUCCUCCCAAAUUGUUUGGUUUUCCUUUUACUUCAUGAACUAAUAAUGUCAAAAAUUUUGUGGAGUUGAUAUUUUGGUUCCACAAAAUUAAUAAUAGUAGGCAUUUGUAAUUCGCCAAAUCAAUCCAAGAGAUGUUCAAGGUGCAGAGACACUGUAAAUAAAACAAUAAAGUAUCUGGAGACAUUUUGAUGACUACUGUUUUUGUGAAAGUGCAUUGAAGAUUGGGUAUGCACAGCCAAUUGAUCUACAUGUAUUAGAUGAGUUAAACGUAACAAACAACAUCAUGAACACUGAUUAAAGUUGCUGAUCAAAUUUUGUUUCUCUUUUUAAUCAUUUUAAUGUCAAGAAAGUAUAGUAAACAAGUCCAAAGACCAGGGUAGAAAUGUCAAAGACCCCACUGAAGUUAUUUUUUGUUUUCAUUCAAGCAUUAUAUAAAAUUCAUAACUCCCUUUGACACACAUUACAAAGCCUGGGCUAAGUUUUUCACAGAGCUGCUAAUACGGCUGAACAGAUUCAUUUGCUUAGCAAAUUUUGCAUGGAACCGGUCACAUUUUAAUGUACAUCACAAUGAAUUUUUUGGCUGGUAACACAUUCUGCUAAGCAUGUAAUUUUUUUUACUGUCUUUAGCAGCUCUAUGGAAGUAGCCCCAUACCAUUUAAUGAUACUCACAAAGCGUUACACAAUUUAAUUUUUUUGUUGAGAUAAUUUUUUUUGUUUUAGAAGAAAAGUUGGCAUGGAGAAAAACGUGGCUUCAACAUGUUCACACAAACGUCAUACUAUACAACAUGUAUUGUUCAACAUUUGAAUUUUUACAGCCAGUAUGAGUGUAAUAAUGUGAAAGCUGCAGGCAUUGUAGUGAGUUAAUACUGCAAUAAAAGGCUCAAUUCUCAA